UCACCCCCUGUGUGUCCCCAGAGCUGGCAGGAGCAGCAGUACAGCCGCCUGCAGCUGGUGGGGAGGCUGGAGGGGCUGUGGAAGCAGAUCCAGAAGGCCCGGCAGAGCUACAACGAGGCCACGGAGCACAAGAUGGUCGAGUUCAAGGAGCUGCUGAGGAAGUGCGAGAGGAGCUCCCAGGAGAUCGAGGCGCAGUCGCAGAAGCUGCAGAAGCUCCAGGACACGGUGGCGGCCACCAGGGCCCAGAUAGCGGCUCACGCCCGGGAGAACGAGGAGCAGAUCCAGCAGGCGCGGGAGAGGAAGGAGGAGGCGCUGCGGCGGCUCCAGGAGCUGCGCCAGGAGGUGAACCGGGCGAUGGCCGCGGCUCGCGCCGACCUCACCACGCUCAGCUGCCAGAGCGGGGCCGCCCUCAAGGUGCUGCUGCGUGUGGUGGAGAAGGCCCAGCGCCUCCUGCGCCUGGCCGAGAUGUGCCGCAGGCUGGAGACGGAGGAGGAGAAGGUGCUGCCCUUCUACCCCUCCUCGCUGACCGAGAGGGAGCUGCGGGACGCCCGCAGAGUCCUGGAGGAGACCCCCGUGGAGCCCCUGGCACAGGCCAUGCAGGACUACGUGGGGCUGGAGCGGUUCUGGCAGCGGUUCAACAAGGCCAAGCUGGAGGAGAAGGUGCUGGAGCAGACACGGGCAGCCCUGGCCAAGAGGAACCAGCACCUGCGGGAGCUGCUCCAGCAGUACCUGGCGGGGGUCACAGUCAGCCGGAAGGUGUUCAAAGACCUCGAGCCCCUCCUCGCCACCAAGAGCCACGUCCCCAGAAAUGAGCCCCGAGCUGGGGCAGGGCUGCGCUUGGGGACAUCAGGACAUAGUGUACUCUGAGACCCUCCAGGGUCACCCCCCCAGACCCCGUCCCCAGCUCUGCCACCUCCAGCUGAGACCCCCCUGGGCAAACCAGGGACCUGCCUGGUGCCUGGGGACACCAGGGACUGUCACUGCCUGGAGAUGCCAUAAAAGAGCAAAAC